UAAUUCUCAAAUACAGAUUGCAAAGAAAUUAGAAAAAUUGGAAACAAAAGUUUCACUUACUGCAGAUAUCUGGACAUCAAUUUUGAAUCAAGCAUAUCUUGGAAUUAGAACAAAAGAAAAGUUUCUUCAAUUACUUGAUGAAAUGAAUCUAAAUGGAAAAAUAUUAGCACUUAUUAUUGACAAUGAUUCAAAAAUGAUUCUUUGUGGAAAACUUAUAAUACAUAAAUUAAAUAUAAAAUGGAAUAAUUGCGAGUUUCAACACUAUCGCUAUGCUGCUCAUGUUUUAAAUAUUGCAAUAACUCAUGGAAUGGAAUUAAGUGUAGGAAUUAUUAAUAAAGCUAGAAUAUUUGUAACAAAAAUUCAAAAUUCAACUAUUCUUUGCGAUAUGCUUAGAAGUUAUUGCCAAGUUAUUAAGAAAAACUAUAUCAAACCUGACCUUGAGGUUAUUACAUGCUGGAAUAAUGCAUAUCAAAUGCUCGAGAAAUUCAAAAUAAUGCGAAAGGAGCUUAAUUUUCUUGUUGCAAGUAAUAAAAACUUGGAAUCAUUAUAUUUUGAUGACACAGAAUGGAAUGAUAUAGAUUCAAUAAUUGAAUUAUUGGAACCAAUGUUUAAAGCAACAAAAAUAUUAUCAACAUCCACUUAUCCAACCAUGAGUGAUAUUCGUUUAACAUUCAAAGGAGCCUUACAACAUAUCGAAAAUUAUAUGAAUAAUCAUACAGAAGAAGAAUGCAUAAUGGCUGAAUCUAUUCGCAAAAAACUUGCUGAUUAUUGGAACCCUACAACAAUUUCUACUAUACUGGAUCCAUGCUCAAAAUCACUUACUUUUACAACUGGAGAAGAAAGCAACAUAGCUAUUACAAAACUUAAAACACUAAUACAACAUUAUCGUUAUUCUUUAGUAUUGGUUCCAAAAUCAACUACCACAUCAAAUAAACAAAAU